AUGCAAAUUGCCGUUGAUGGGAUAUGGAAUACAGUUAAAUAUAAAGAAGGUUUCAUAGCUUAUUCUGAUUCUGAUACUAUUACCUGUACAGAUAUAGUUCCAUAUGAUAAUAUUGAUGAUAUUCGAGUGGUUCCAAGCCCAUAUCAAUGUUGGUCAUCUAAGAAUCUUUAUUUUUAUUUAAUCGCGGAUUAUAUGCUUUGCGCGAUUUUUGCUUUUCAAGCAGGAGUUUUAUUCCUUAUGCAAUCAUUUUGGAGUUAUAUGGCUAGUCAAUUGAGUGGAAAACCAUUCAUGGAUUCAUGGGAAUUUCGUGCUUAUAAUGUGUGGGGCCUCAUAUCUUUCAUAAUUUUUCCAUUUACAAAAUGGUUAACAGGAAGAUUACUAAAUAUAAAUUACGUUGGGUAUAUACCUCAAAUUCUCUUUGCUAUGGUACUUGUUUUUAUUGUUAUAAUUGGGAUACGAAAUCAGCGAAAAUUAUGUUUCCUCGUACGAUCACUUCAAAAUCAAAAAUCUUCACAAGAAGCUAUUUUACGAAUUAGAUAUUUCAUAGAAAUGAAUAGAUUACUUAUUUUAGGAGUGGGUUUAGUUAGCGCUUGCAUGUUCAUUAUUGAUAUAGAUGCUAUGACUUUUGCUUAUAUUAGCAAUUACAGAAUUUUAAUGGAUUUAAUAAUGUUACAUAUGAACCUUGGUACCGCGAUCAUUUGGAUUACAAUUAUUUUAAUUGUAUAUCCUAGAUAUUAUAUGACUGGAAUACAUGGAAGUAAAGCAUUAAGCAAAAAAUCUUUGCGGAGUUUGUCCAUCGCUGUGGAUAAAACUGGCAUAACUAUAAGGAGACCUUCUUCAACUCAUGAAACCACUGCUCAUUUAAAUCCUUCUUCUCCGAUUAACCUCUUCUAUCGCUAUUUAUCUAAUCCUGCCUCACAAUCAACACCUUCCUUUUCUGAUAAUAAAACUGAUAAUAAUUUACUUAAUCGACAACAACGUGUGCAUUUUGAAUAG